UGGUCGACGACAUUGAAAUAUUUUGGUCUAGAACCUCAUGUUUAUGUCAAAUAGUUUGGAAAAUAUUAAAGUGUAAAAGUAUAAUAGUUUUCAUUCAAAUUUUAACAAGAUGGUUAAAAAGAAAAAUGAAUAUUCCCACUUAACAAUGGAGGAGAAAAAAGUAAUAACAGUUGCAGAAAUUGUUCAAGAAUUAAUAAAAGCACACAAGGAACGCUACAAUGUGAAUUUGAAUUCUCUGAAAUGUAAAAUUGCCUCAAAAUAUGGCAUGGAAUCAUCACCACGUUUGGUAGAUAUCAUAGCAGCUGUUCCCCAUGAGCAUAGAAAGAUAUUGUUGCCGAAGCUUUUAGCUAAACCUAUCAGAACAGCCAGUGGUAUUGCAGUUGUUGCUGUUAUGUGCAAACCACAUCGUUGUCCACAUAUUAAUGUUACUGGUAACAUCUGUGUUUAUUGUCCAGGAGGACCUGAUUCUGAUUUUGAGUAUUCUACUCAAAGUUACACUGGUUAUGAACCAACAUCUAUGAGAGCUAUAAGAGCAAGAUAUGAUCCAUAUCUUCAAACAAGACAUAGAGUGGAACAAUUGAAACAAUUGGGGCAUAGUGUUGAUAAAGUUGAAUUCAUCAUUAUGGGUGGUACUUUCAUGAGUUUGCCUGAAGAUUACAGAGACUACUUUAUUAGGAAUUUACAUGAUGCUCUAUCAGGACACAAAAGUAGUUCUGUUGCUGAAGCAAUUAAAUAUUCAGAACGUGCUAAUUCCAAGUGUAUUGGAAUCACAAUUGAAACCAGACCAGAUUUUUGUAUGGAAAGACACUUAUCAGAUAUGUUGAAUUAUGGAUGCACUAGAUUGGAAAUAGGUGUACAAUCUGUUUAUGAGGAUGUGGCUAGAGACACAAAUAGGGGACACACAGUUGCAGAAGUAUGUGAAACUUUCUGCUGGGCAAAAGAUGCAGGUUUUAAAGUUGUGGCACACAUGAUGCCAAACUUGCCUAAUGUAGACUUGGAACGUGAUCUCGAACAAUUUAUUCAAUACUUUGAAGACCCGAAAUUCCGAUCUGAUGGUUUGAAAAUAUAUCCUACUUUGGUUAUUAGGGGAACUGGACUCUAUGAAUUAUGGAAAACUGGAAGAUAUAAGAGUUAUCCUCCGUCAGUUCUAGUUGAUUUGGUGGCUAAUAUCUUAGCUUUGGUUCCUCCAUGGACGAGAGUAUAUCGUGUCCAAAGAGAUAUUCCAAUGCCACUCGUAAGUUCAGGUGUAGAACACGGAAAUUUACGUGAAUUGGCACUUGCAAGGAUGAAAGAUUUGGGUCUUAAAUGUCGUGAUGUACGCACUCGUGAAGUAGGAAUUACUGAAAUACAUCAAAAAGUUCGUCCUGACAAAGUGGAAUAUGUACGAAGAGAUUACAGAGCUAAUUCAGGCGAUGAAUCUUUCCUUAGCUACGAAGAUCCGGAGCAAGAUAUUCUUAUUGGUUUAUUGAGAUUGAGGAGAUGUACUAAGAAAUACACGUUCAGACCGGAAUUGCUAGGAAAUGUUUCCAUUAUACGUGAGUUGCACGUAUACGGAAGUGUUGUUCCCGUUAGCGAGAGGAAUGUUCAGAAAUUCCAGCAUCAAGGCUACGGUGCACUGCUUGUAGAACAAGCUGAAGACAUAGCGAUGAAAGAGCAUCUGUCUACAAAGAUCGCUGUUAUAUCUGGAGUUGGAACUAGAAAUUAUUAUAAGAAACUGGGAUAUACAUUGGAAGGUCCUUAUAUGGUGAAAAGUUUAAAACCUGGCGAAUAUAAAACUGUUACGGAGUGUCUUUACGGCCCUUCAGGUAAUUUUGAAUUACUUGCGGAACCAAGGGUCCUUCCUCCAUCGCCAAUAUUAAGCCAUGACGAGUUUGUUGAGGAAAUGAAAAAAACUGCAAGACCAAGAAGAGUGAUUCGAAAUCAUAUUAAUAAUGGACAAAACAGAGCACUUUAAAGAUUUUCUAUUUUCAAAGGAAAAUAGAAUCAUCUGUAUCUAUAAGUGAAUAUAUAAAUAU